AUGCCUGCCGAAGGAAGUAUUGAACCGGAGCGUGUCCAUUGCCAUGAAACUAAUAUUCCUCAUCGAGCCUUCAUAGAUGGCAGUGAAGAUGAGCAACUCUAUAUUGACUUUGACCUAUUACCUGGCCAUGUGCCAAGUCUUAAAUUUAGUCCAGAUUUUUCUACCGUUCUACAGCCUCAUGAAGCUGGAGUACCGAUUCCUUUAUUUAUCGCUGCUCCUUGGAUGAUCCUGAGGGUUAAACUAUGCCAAGAUAAUUUUCUGGAGGUGCCUAAAAAUUUUCUUCAGUCUCGAUUAUAUGAACCCGUCGUUAAACCUGUACCUCCAGCAGAUGGAUGUUUUGUAUGUAGAGCGGUACACUACCUUCGACAUUCAUGUAGGACCAUUCAAGAAUGCGCGAGUUUCCUCCUUCCUUUAAAACAAGAGGUUAUUUUUGCCAUUGCGCGAGAGUUUAACCGACGUAUAAGGCCCAAACUCUUCACUAUUACACGGGAGCAUCUCCAGGAACAUUGUCGAUUCAGUUAUGUUGGAACGGCUCUUGUCGAUACUGGUUUUCAAUUCCCCCUUGAAAGAUGGAGCAGAUUACCUGGAGAAUUGCCCUGGAUAGAUAGGCGAUGCUGCAUAAACGAGUGGACAAAUGGAUUUAUGUAUUUAAUUCGUAGAGAUAUUGACUUGACUGAAGCUCAGGGACCCAUUGGAUGUUUUAUAUGGUCAUCUUGCCUAAAAGUACUAAGAUGUUCCCUCUACAGAUUCAUUCCAGGGAAGAGUCCUGAAGACUUUAAAGAUCGAAACGUGUAUAUUGAUGCCAUCCAUGACGGUUACGAUGCUGUCAUUAGCCAUAUUGAAAAUAUGACUCUAGCUAUUGUUGAAGCAGGUAUUGAAUUAUAUGUUGACCCAGAUGACCCCGAGAUACCCGGAAACAAACUUAAUGAAGCAUUAUUUCGUGCAUGUCAAAACUUUUUCGCAAUGAAUAUGCCCAAAUGUUUUAACAUUGUUAUGGAUCUUAGGAGCAAUAUAAUUCAUUAUAAUGAUCAUGUCGAAAAUCCAGAACAAUGUCUCUGUCGAUUCUAUGAGAAGCUUCGUGAAGAUUUGGAAGAAUCCUUUGAUUCACCCCAAAUGGAUGAAUCCUCUAAUCAACCCCAAAUGGAAGAAUGA